UUGACUUCCUGUAUUGAAAUGAGCCGUUUGCAAAUAAUGGUUUGUUGUGGAUCCAAUCAUUAUCUCACCUAUUUCAAUGCUUCUCUUAACAUUGUCAGUGUUUAAAGUGAUAGGGCAUUCAUAGUAUGAGUCGGGCUGUCAUUCAGAUUGUCCCAGAAUGCAAAUCUGUACAGGUCCUUUUUAUUUUCACUUUCACAAUCAAAUCGGACAGAUAACCUGACAGAAAUUGCCGAAUUUUUCUCAGGCGCGAGGAUGACGACGUUAUUUGUCACCAUCCUGGUGCUCCUGCAUGUAUCAUUUGCCCCAUCUUUAGCGGCACAGCUUCCAGGAGACCAUGAUACCAACGACAAGUCUUCCUCACUUCUACCUCCCGUCGCCACUAAUGGCCAACCUUUCCCCUGGAUCCACAUGCGACUUCCUGAAACUGUCUCUCCAAUCCACUAUGACCUCCUCGUCCACCCUAACCUGACCAGCCUAGACUUCACCGGAGCGGUGCAGAUUCAACUCCAGGUCUUCGAGGACACCUCUACCAUCAUCCUCCACAGCAAGGAACUCCAGAUAGCUAAAGCUGAGCUCUUGGCACCGGAAGGUCCAGGGUCACUCCCAGUGCCUCUGCAGGUGUUGGAGUACCCAGCCUUCCACCAGCUAGCUCUGAUGUCUGAUGUGCUGCUGGUCAGAGGUGGGACGUACAAGGUUCGUCUGGAGUUCUCUGCCAACCUGUCUGACAGUUUCCACGGUUUCUACAAGAGCUCCUAUCGCACAACCACGGGAGAGGUCAGAUUGAUGGCGUCCACUCAGUUUGAAGCGACCAGUGCCCGAGCAGCCUUCCCCUGUUUCGAUGAGCCGGCGUUCAAAGCCAAUUUCACCAUCCAGAUACGACGGGAGUCACGCCACUUCGCCCUCUCCAACAUGCCCAAGGUACCCUGCCCACGCCACAUCGCCCUCUCCAACAUGCCCAAGGUACCCUGCCCACGCCACAUCGCCCUCUCCAACAUGCCCAAGGUAAAGACAGUAGAGUUACCAGGUGGCGUGCUGGAGGACCACUUUGACACCAGCGUUAGGAUGAGCACCUACCUGGUGGCCUUCAUCGUCUCUGACUUCCAGUCUGUCAGCAAGACCACUAGUCACGGAGUCAAGAUCUCAGUAUAUGCUGUACCAGACAAGAUCAACCAGACAGACUUUGCCCUGAAUGCUGCAGUCAGACUGUUGGACUUCUACGAUGACUACUUUGACAUCCCGUAUCCUCUACCCAAACAGGACCUGGCAGCUAUCCCAGACUUCCAGUCGGGUGCGAUGGAGAACUGGGGUCUGACCACAUACCGCGAGGCUGGGCUGCUCUUUGACCCCAACAAGAGCUCCGCCUCUGACAAGCUAGGCAUCACCAUGGUGAUCGCACAUGAGCUGGCACACCAGUGGUUUGGUAACCUAGUGACCAUGCAGUGGUGGAAUGACCUGUGGCUCAACGAGGGCUUUGCAAAGUUCAUGGAGUUUGUGUCAGUUAACAUCACCAAUCCUGAGCUGCAAGUGAAUGACUUCUUCCUAGGGAAGUGUUUUGAGGCGAUGGAGGUGGAUUCAUUAAGCUCCUCCCACCCCGUUUCCAGCCAGGUGGACACUCCUACUCAGAUCCAGGAGAUGUUUGACGAUGUCUCCUACGAUAAGGGGGCGUGUAUUCUGAACAUGCUGAGAGACUUCCUGACCCCAGAGGCGUUUAAGAUUGGUAUUGUCCGUUACCUCAGACGUUACAGCUAUCAGAAUACUGUCAACAGCCAUCUGUGGGAGAGCCUCACUAACAUCUGCCAGUCAGAUGAUCUGGAUGAGGGCAGACUGAAAGAUGAUGGGUUCUGUUCUCAGGAAAAGGCCCAGUCUGGAGCUCCUAAGUGGUACUCAGGCGAUCAGCUGGACGUGAGGGCCAUCAUGGACACGUGGACGCUGCAGGAGGGGUUUCCCCUGGUCACUGUAGAGGUCAGGGGUCGCCAGGUCAGACUCAGCCAGGAGAGAUACCUCAAGACCGACGAUCCCUCACAGACACACGGCUUCCUGUGGCAGGUUCCUCUGACCUACAUCACCAGCAGCUCCAGCACAGUGCAUCGCUUCCUGCUCAAGACCAGGACAGACGUGCUGUACCUACCAGAGGAGGUGGAGUGGGUCAAGUUUAACGUGGAUAUGAGUGGUUACUACAUGGUCCAUUACGAGGGGGAAGGCUGGCGUUCUCUGACCUCCCUGCUGCUGACCAAUCACAGGGCUCUGAGCUCCAACGACCGCGCCUCCCUCAUAAACAAUGCCUUCCAAUUGGUCAGUGUUGGUAAGGUAGGACUGGACACAGCCUUGGACCUGUCUCUGUAUCUGUCCAAGGAGACAGACAUCAUGCCUGUCACCCAGGGUCUGGGGGAGCUGGUCCCUCUCUACAAACUGAUGGAGAAGAGAGACAUGGAGGGUCUGGAGAACCAGAUGAAGGGCUACAUCGUGGAGCUGUUCCGGGGUUUGAUAGACCGUCAGACGUGGAGUGACGAGGGCUCUGUUUCCCAGAGGGUUCUAAGGAGCUACCUGCUGCUGUUCGGUUCUGUCAGGAACCAUCCCCCCUGUGUCGCUACCGCCACACACCUCUUCAACAAGUGGAGGGCCUCCGACGGCAACAUGAGUCUCCCCAGUGAUGUCAGCUUGGCGGUGUUUGCCAUUGGUGCUCGUGACCCCGAGGGGUGGGAUUUCCUCUUUGAGAAGUACCGCCAUUCGCAGCACACAUCUGUCAAGAGCCGCAUCAAGUCUGCCCUGUCCAUCAGCCCUCUGCAACACAAGCUAAAGCGGUUAAUGGAGCAGAGUCUUGCGGGCGAGGUGAUGAAGACUCAGGACCUUCCUCAUGUGGUCAUCUCUGUCAGCAGGAACCCGAAAGGGUACAAGCUGGCCUGGGACUUCCUCAGACACAACUGGCACACAAUGGUGAAGAAGUUUGACCUGGGGUCCCACUCUAUCUCAGGCAUGGUGACCGGUGUGACCAACCAGUACUCCACCAGGGAGAUGCUGGACGAGGUUCGCGGGUUCUUUGACUCUCUGUCUGAGGAGACAGGUUCUGGUCUGAGGUGUAUUCAACAGACGUAUGAGAGCAUUGAAGAGAACAUCCGCUGGAUGGACCAGCACCUGCCCCAGCUAAAGGCCUGGCUGGACAGACAGGCCCAGGGAGCCAGGACAGAGACACGGGGCCACGAGGAUCUAUAGGCCUUCUAUGCAGUACAGGGCAGGGUUCCCCAACUAGCGGGACGAAUUUGGCCCGUAGCUGGUUUUAUUUGGCCUCCCCAGGUUUUCUGAGAAUUUUUUUAUUUUUUAUUGUUGGGACAUAAAAUAUUAAAAACACCAGGAAAUCAACCAGUUGAUUUUAAUUUAAGAAAUCUGUUCCAAAGUAUUAUCACGCAUAAUAGGGAGACACGUGUUCGUAUACAAAUGUAAGCAAGGUUUGAAAUGAUCAUGUUUUCGUCAAACAUAUCUGUUUAGGCUUCUUGCGGUCUACAAAUGAUUUGUAAUUAUGUACCGGCUCCCCCGCUCAAGAGAAAUCAUCCCGCAGCUGAAUCUCGUCGAUAAUCCCUGGUCUAGAUCGCAGAAUGAUUAUGGCUGUGUUUGAGAGCAUCAAAACCGGGAUGAAUUAUGCGGAAAUUGUGACUAACUGAUGUAGAAAUAAUAUCGAGUAGUUAUUUAUGAUGCAAGAUGAUUUGUAAAUUAGUCAAUCUCGACUCACCUUUAAAGAAUAAUAUUUCCAGUGUUGCUAACACUGGAUAUCACAUUUGUGUCUGAGACAAAGGUCGGCACAAGGUUAAGACCCUAAACUAUUCUAUUUUUCAUCUUCGGUAAAUUUAUAAGAAUUGACUCAGUUAAUCAGUUACCCUCACCUUAACUUUAAAACAGACGUGUCUACGACUCGGUUUGUCAUUUGUUUGUGUGAUUAAUUUAUUAUACAAUACUGUCAGCAUAAAUAUGUAUGAGCCUUUUUUAAAUAUUUAUAAAGGUUAAAGGUUGUCCCCACUUCUUAGGGGAUCAUAACCACCAGGAGAUUUUCUCCACAUAAGCGUUACCUUGGUUACUGUUCCCUGGAGAAACAGCCCAGUCCUGCAUCUCAGAGGAGGCUCCUUCUAUUGCAUUUGUUGUCUCACUUGUGUUGUGUGUUUUUGCUGAUCUUGGUGUGUUUUUGUUGCAUUUAUGAUCUCGAUGCCCUGCUGGGGCUUUUUUUUUGUCUGUGUUUUUCAGAUUUUUGUGAGAAUUAAAAUGUUGACAAGAAUCUGUAUUUUGUUAAAAUACUGAAAUGAAAAAUAUUGAUUGUAAAACUGUCAUUUAAUGGAAGGCUCUGGCUAAGAGAUGGGGACAGACAGACGAGUCUAAAUGAAUAAAGAGAACAUACAAUAAGA